GUUUGAAAACAGUCAAAUUCUUUAAUUGUUUGAUGUUGAGAUUGAGUUAUAUUGUUUAUUCCCAUCAAAUUUGAAGGUGCAUGUCGUCGUGGACUUAACAAACCACUGGCAUGCCGUGUUAUAAUUUUAAAAGCAUAACGGUUGUACCGUCGUCGAAAGAUUUUAUCGACAUAGUUCUGUCGAAAACACAAAGAAAAACCCCUACUGUUAUUCAUCCUCAGUAUGCUAUCGGACGUAUUAGGCAUUUUUACAUGCGCAAAGUUAAAACAUGUCAGCAAUUUUAUCACGACAAGUUGCAGACAAUUCUGUCGGAAUUCCCUAAGGUUGAAAAUAUACACCCGUUUUACGCAGAUCUCAUCAAUGUCCUCUACUCUAAAGACCACUACAAACUCGCACUGAGUCAGCUGAACACAGCCAAAAAUUUAAUCGAUGGGAUUGCACGAGAUCAGGUUAAAAUAUUAAAGUAUGCUGAGUCUCUAUACCAAUGUAAAACACUCAAAAGAGCAGCUCUUGGAAGGCAAGUUAGACAGGCCAUACCUUAAUUUUAGUUAGAAUGUGUACGGUGAUAAAGCGGCAGUCAGACAACCUAAAGUUUUGGAAGACACUCGGCAACACAUGUCAAGGUUACCAUGUAUUGACCCAGAUACACGCACACUUAUUCUUUGUGGUUUCCCGAAUGUUGGAAAGUCCAGCUUUAUAAAUAAGAUAACUCGAGCUGAUGUUGAUGUCCAGCCGUUUCCAUUCACAACUAAGUCUUUGUUUGUUGGACAUACAGAUUAUAAAAAUUUACGAUGGCAAGUAAUUGAUACACCUGGUGUACUGAACAGACCAUUGGAUGAACAUAAUACCAUUGAAAUGCUGUCUAUUACAGCACUUGCACAUCUACAAGCUGCUGUAAUUUACAUAAUGGAUCUGUCUGAACAAUGUGGUUACACUAUACAACAACAAUUAACGCUAUUUCAAAACUUGAGACCCCUUUUCCGAAACAAGCCACUUGUCAUCGCUGCUAAUAAGGUUGAUAUUCGACCAUUUGAGGCACUAUCUGAAGAAGACAAAUUUGCUAUUCAGAAUAUUGCAUAUCUACCCGUUGAAGGACAAGACAGCAGAAGAGAUCCAGAUAGACCUUUCUUUGUAGAGAUGUCCACUGUUACAGAAGUCGGUUUAGUAGCUGUUCGUUCGGUUGCUUGCGAUGAUCUGUUGGCUCAACGUGUUCAGGCGAAGAUUCGUUCUGCAGCUGUUCCUGGUAGUAAUCUUGAUAUUUCUAGUCGAUUGUAUAUAGCAAAACCGAAAUGUGAUGGAGACAAGGCUGAGAUCCCCGAUCGUCCACCUAUUGUUCCUGAUGGUGUUCUUGCUAAGCAAAGAAAGCGUGUUAUGAAACGUCUUCAUGCCUCUGCUGCACUUCGAGCUGACCUAAUACAGCCUACUGAAGAAGAUACUGAUCCAUCAAAGCGCCGUCGUACAAUGCGUGAUCGUGAGUUGGAGGCUGAUCCAGAUGAAGGCUUCAUAUUGAAUCUUAGAGAACAUUGGCGUAUAACACACCCUGAAGAGGCAAAUGAUGUUAUUCCAGAAAUUUUGAAUGGACAUAACCUUAUCGAUCUUUUCGAUCCUGAAAUUGAAGAAAAAUUGAACGCUUUAGAAGAACAAGAGGCUGCAUUAGAAGAUGCUGGAUUCUACGAUGAUUCUGAAUGGCAUAAAGAUGAAAAUGACCCAGAAAUGAAGAAGAUAAGAGUUACUGCAGCAAAGAUUAGAGAAGCACGAGCUUUACGUGUUUUGGAAUCUCGAGCACGUAAACAAGUACGACGACCACAAGUACCGCGUAGUGUUCGUUCCGUCAGUGCACACAAAAUUCAUCAAGACCUUGGAGCACUUGGUUUGGAAGUGGACAUGCAUGAAGCGGGUGAGCGCGGUCGAACAAUGAAGAAAGCAGCUAGAGCGCGUAACGCCACACCCAAUAAGCAUCGUGAAGCUUCAAUUGCACGUGCCUCGGUACCAAGGUCUAAGUCUGGUCUACGAGACGAGAAGAUGUUCGAUACCGUCAAGCGCAUGUCUAAAUUAGCUCAACGAAAGAAAGUGACUUUAUCACGCAAAGGAGAAGGAGAUCGUCAUAUUCCUACCUUGAAACCGAAACAUUUGUUUUCAGGAAAACGUGGUACUGGGAAAGCUGAUCAUCGUUAACUUAUUUAUUUUAUGCUAUUUUUUGAAGAAAAAGAACUGUAUUGUGGAAUAUGACAGGAAUAAUUACUUCUUUGAAAUUAAAAAAAAUAAGAGCAAUUGGACGUUUUGAGUAAGUUUAGUUAAAAAGGAUAUCGAAGUAUAAAUCACGUGUUCCUUGGUUUUUUGAGAUAGUCCCUAGUAUGAA